AUCUGCUACCCCUCCGUAGGUCGGGCAGAGCGGAGCGUGGAGUCAGAGGGGCUUGCUCCAGGCAGAGUAGAGUCAAACCCCCAAGAAGAAGCUUUAGAGUGUCUCCACAUGCCCUUAAGUCACCAGAUCCCCGAGCUGUUGCCAGAGCCGGGCUGGGUUUGUCAGGAAGGCUCAGCACCCUCGUAGCCCUGAGGUGUGCAGGCAGCUCUGAAGCCCCAGGGGAAGGCCAGGCUGGCCAGCCGUGCUUUGGGGUGUAACUGUGGCAGCACAGCACUGCUGAGCCUGAGCACUGCUUCUCCUUGCUGCCUAAAUGGCAGCUGAACUCCCUGCUGCUUUUUAGAUCAAAAGGUGAUAAAGGGUGCAGUUUAUUCAGCACACUGACCUCCAGCUCUGGGGUGGUCCAGGCAGCAUCUGGAGCAAUUUCUGUCACUGUUUCCAUAAAAUAUUUUAAUGUACCCAACUUAAAACCAAAUAAAUUGUCGUCACUACAAGCUGCAUUCCUCCUCCUGGCCAUUUUGACAUUUAUCCAUAUAUUAUGGCUCAGAAAUCCAUCCAGGUCCCAGAACAGCAUUAAACUUCUGAGGUUGAUGCUAAGAUGGACAGAACAUCUGCCAGUGUUAUUCCUGUCUGUGAGGACUGGGGUUGGAAUCUCCCCAAAGCAGCACUUUGAACAGCUCAGCCUUCUACAGCAGUGUUGAUGGGAAUGUUAAAGUCUCAAAGGAUGAUGCUGCAAUCCUGCACAUUUAAGCUGUUGGGGUUUUUCUUGGUUGUGAUGGGGUUUUUGAUAGGUUAUGAAGCAGGCAGUGUAAGAACUCGGGUUUAAAAUGUGUUUAAAAUAUAAGUAAGCUCUCUUCUCCUUCCACCCAUGUCUUCCUUCAGGCUUUGUUUUUGCUUUCUAAUCAAACCUGCAGCAAUAAGACACUGUGUGUGUUUUCAGGUGCACUGUCUGGGUGUGUGCUUGUGGAAUCUCCAGUUCCUUUGGUGUGUUUGGGUGCUGCAGACACCUAUCCCACCUUGAACCCCAUUCCUGUCCCACCCCAAUCCCAUUCCUGUCCCACCCCAAACCCCAUUCCUGUCCCACCCCAGUCCCAUUCCUGUCCCACUCCUGUCCCACCCCAGACCCAGCUGAUGGUUUUGCCUGACCUCAGGGUUUUCCAUGUGGCACCACCUGGGCACCUCCACAGGCCAGACUGAGCCUUUGAGCUUUGCAGUUCUGGGGGAGCUUGGGGCACAGGGUGACAGCACACACAAACCUCUGCCCAUUCUGCACAGUGUCCUCUGCAUGAGACCUUGUUCUGUUGUCCUGGCUCUGUCACUGCUGCCAUCUCUGCUGCCCAUGGACACAAACGUGCAUGUUGUGCUUUGGUCCUGCUCCCUGUGGUUCAGCCAGCCUGAACCAGGGCAGUGUUUGGAGAGGAGACCUUCCAGGAGAGCUUACCUACUGUAGGAAACACAGUUCAUUUACUGAGACUCAUUUUUCUAUUACUGGAGCCAGUCUUGAGCCUUCUGGUUCUGGGAAUGAUGACUUGUAAAAAUUCCAGCUUUGAAUGGAAUGAAAACAAGUUCUUGGGCAUUUCUGAUCACAAUGGAACUUUUUGCAGUUUUCUGCAGAGUAUCCUGGCCGAAUUCCACCUGGGGUGAUUGUGUUCAGUGGCAAUUGCUGCAUUUCACUGUUGGGCAGAGUUCCACACAGGGGUUUAAAUUUGUAAUGUGGCUUAGGGUAAAGCAGAAAGGAAAAGAGUUACAGAAAUGUCCUUUUAACCCUAAUUCCUGAAGGCCUUGUGAGGCUUGUCAGGCUGCAGUCACAUUCCUCUAAAUGCCAGUGAUCCAGCUGGUGGGGCAUUCCUUGGAAUGCCUGUCCCUCAUCACAGGAUGGCAGCCAGAACAGUGGUGCUUUGUGUGGGGCACAUACACAUCCCCACACACCAAGCAAGGCAACAAACAGAAUGGGUGAAAAACAGAAGUAAUAAAAGAGCACUCAAAGUUUUCUUUGUGAUGGUGCUGUUCAGGCUGACCCGUGGUUGGUGUUUUGUUCUCAAAAAGGCUGAGUGCUCCUCUGGCUCAAAAAGAUAGAGAAACACUGAUGUAAGAUAUGGAAGGCAUCGUGGAAGAGUAUUUUCUGUUAUAUAUGCAGCCCAAUGUAUAACAAGUUUUUUUUUUUUUCUCUCCCUGACCUUCCCUCCUUUAUUUUGUACCCAGAUUUUCUUGCUCCUGUUUGAAAUAUGCCUUAUAACCUUACAAGUUUUCAGAAGACCACUGUGUUUCACUGGGAUAAAGAAUAUUGCAUCUGCUUCAUAGCAGGAGGAUGUUGUAUGUGUUACAGCUUAACUUUGUUCUACUUUACACCUAGAUAAAGGAUGAAGACUGUCUGUACCAUUUUGAUUACCUCUUCUAGGGUUCAAAGAGAAUCAUUUCCCCUGACCUCCAUUUGCAAAUGGCUCAGCUUGAUCUAACUGGCACACAGAUAAACGUGCUGUUACACAAAAGUUACAGUAGCAGGAACCACCUCAGUGCCCCAAGCUCCUCUGCCCGUGUCGGUGGCUCUCUGUGACCAGCCAAAAGCCGAGUGAGAGUCCUGAGCGCUGCUCCCGAGGAGUUUGGGUGUGAAUGGACAGUGCUGCCACCCCGAGAGAUGAGACAAAGGACCCUGCGCCCCGACAGCUCAGCGAGCUCCAAAGAUGAGAGUCCUGCACAGCGAGCCCUGUGCUCUGCCUCCAGAGUGAUCUCCGUUCCUGCUGAGCUCACCUCACUGCUGCUCACCGGUUUUGCUUUUGGGAUUUAGACACCUCUUUUUCCCCCCAUUUUACACAAAGACUGUUAAUAGGACUGUUAGUGGAAUGAGCAAAGCCAAUACUCCCAGGGUUUAACUUGGUACCAAUAGCACCUUUUGCCCCAGAAUGCCUUACCAACGCCACCCGGCCCGCGUGUCCCACUGUACGACUUGGCCUGACGUUUCCGCUGGCUUAGGCGCCACCUCAGCCUCCCGAGCUGACUUUUAGGGACAUUUCCGCACGUAGCAUCUCCUCCGAGAGUCAGACACCACCUGGCUGCCGGCUGCGGGAGCUCUCCCCGUGGAUGUGCUCGGAGCUCCGGAGGCCGCGAGUGCAGCCCGCGGGCCGAUGCCGUCCGGCUGAGCUGCGGCAGCGCCCGAGGGAUGGCGCAGGGAGGGGAGGCAGGCGCUCCUCCCGUGCGCCUCUGGGUGCGCCGCGUGGGGGUUUACUGCGAUGAGCACCGCAAAACCUGGCUCGUGGCUGCGGAAGAGGCAAGUGUGCGCUUUGAGCUUCCCCCUGGUUGUAGCGUUGCUGUUUCAGGUGCCUCUGCCAGUAACUGCCUGCUCUGUUUGUUACUCUCCCCCAGGAGGAAGCUUGAUGGUGUUGAAGAACUGCUGCUUAAACUCGUGCCUGGGGAUUAAUCUGUUCCUGAACAUGUCCCGGAAGGAUCCCUGCCAGAAACAAGCCUGUGAAAUACAGAAAUGCUUGCAAGCCAACAACUACGUGGAGUCCAAGUGUGAAGCUGCGCUCCAGGAGAUGCGGAAAUGCUGCGCUCGGUUCACCAAGGGCAGGUCCGUCUGCUGUUCAGGGUUUGAGAGAGAAGAAAUGGAGAGAGAAAAGGCUAAGUUGACUUCAAAAGGAAUUUCCCCACCACCUCAGUAACACAAAGCAUGGACUCACUUGAAGAGCUCGUGUGUGUUUUUUCAAGCCUUCUUUAGACUUUCAGAAAAGCCAGAUUGCUCCUGGAACACACCGUUCAGCACACCAAAAAGCAUUACACAGUACCAACAUAUGGCCUGGUUAACAAACUUUAUUUUCUGUACGAAAACAUAAUCUAUGUUGCCUCUGCAUCACACCUGUGAAAUGUCAACUUGAUGUUUUUAGGAUGCUUACCUUACUCUAAUCCAUCCUUGCUCUAAAAAUGGAGAAUUGGAACCGAGUUAUUCUGGCUUCUGGAGCGAGAGGUACAGGAAAUGAGCUCAGGAGAGUGAGUUUAAACACGAAACAAACCCAUCUUGAUACAACAAAGGUAUUGCUGCCACCGUGCAGUAGUUCCAGACAACAUUUGCCUGUCCAGUGGUUCAAGCUCAAGAAUGGGCAUCAGGUCUGAUGAUUGUUCCUAAGUCUUGUAUAGAUCAUGAGUGACUGCAAGUCACUUUGCCUAAGUGCCUCACUUUUCCACUGGACAGAGUUGUUUAUUUUAUAUUUGAAUUGCCUACACGCUGCUAUUUGCAUGAUAAAGAUGUUACAGGAAUAUAAUUUCAGGGAUUGCUACAGGGAUAGGAUAUUUUUUUAAAAAAGCAAUAUUCAUUUGAAAGAUUUGACUGUUGAUACAAAAUUUAUAAAUUUAUGUCUAAUUGAACACCUUUAAGCAAUAUGCUUUGAAUCCAAGUCUAAUUAAAACUGCUGAUACCCAAAGGCCUGUCACAGAGCCCUGGGCUAGAUCCAAGAACUGACUUAGGUGCUGCUUACUGAACAAGCAGUUGUAGGCAGUUAUUUUCCACACAACAUUCCAGACUCACUCCCAAGCCAGCUGUGUCUGGGCCCCAGGAGAGAUGGCUUUCCAGAAGCUCUCGGCCAUGCAGCAGAAUUUCCUGUGACCUGUAGGAAGAGCUCAUAGACAGGUUCCUGCACCACCCUUCAGAGCUGCCUGUCUGCUGUCCCCUGUAGCAGGAGUCCAGGCACCCAAAUAUCAGGCUCCCAACCCACUAGCCCUAACUCUGUAUUAGAUCUAGCCGUAAAGGACUUUUGUGCUGUGAUCAAGUACAACUUACUUAUGAAAUAGAGCUUCUAUAAACCACUGAGGUCUAGGCACAAUAGUUGUGUGUACUGAAGCCUAGAAGAGCAAACCAUCUGUAUUCACUGCUCUGAAAUACCAUGGUACAAAAUAAACGACUGGAACAAAU